AUGGAUAUGCCAGAGGAGGAUGAGCCUGACUAUGCCAUGGCUGCCAGGGAAGAGACGGAGGAGGAGGAGGAGGAGGAAGAGGAGGAGUUCGACGAAGAAGCCCACCGGGAGGCGCAGAGGCUGGCCAUCGAGCAGGAGCUGCUGAGGGAGGCGCUGGAGUUAAUGCAAGAGCUGGUGUGCCUGUCCGAGAAGACCCAGCUGGUGUGGACGCCGCACCACCUGUCCCUCGCAACCAGCUUCCUGAGGGAGGAGGGCCAGAUCCUGCUGUGCUGCUACGUCAUCAGAAGCGGCGAGCGCAUCCGCCUGGGCGUGUCCCCGAACCUCCCGGUCGCCGGAAUGAGCUUGGUGUGGUACUUCGUCAAGAUCAAUUUCACCGAGAGAAUCACGGCAGCUAAUUUCAAAAGCUGUGUUCUCUACGGCUCCCUGGCCAGCGACGACCCAACCCAGGUCGAGCACUUCCUCCUGAACGUGUACCAGCCCGUCGUGGCCUCCCGCUCGGCCGCGCCCUCCGCCAGGGACCACUACAACUCCCUCACGGGCCUCCCGCGCCUCCUGAACCUCGUGAGUGCCCAGCUGGUUCAUCACGUGGGCGUGACGCUGAACUCACCCAAGCUGUUCCUCCCGGCGGAGGUCCUGGCGCUCCCCGACGACGCUGACGGCAUCAGGGCCAUGCCGCUCGACGUGACCUUCCUGGCCAGGACGGAGGAGCUGGUGCUGCACUGGGUCGAGCAAAUCCACGUCUUCACCUUCGAGCAGGGAGACGCCUCUUCGCCCCUUGAGCUGGGCCUCCUGCACGAGAUUCGACAGCUCUCGAGUAAAGAAAAGCCAUAUGUUUCUUACAGUAACUCCAUUGUCCUCAGCCGACUCCAACAGGUCUACAGCCGUGACAAUGACGAAGAAACCUUAACACAUACUGAACUAAACCUUAUUGCUCGUAAACAAUUCCUAUGCUGUUAUUCAGAUGUCUUUGUGUAUAAUUAUGCCGGCCUGCUGGAGGAGCUGCAGGCCCUCCUGGAAGGCCCCAGCGUGAGGAAGGUCGUCCUGUACCUGGAGGCGCAGAGCUCACCCUUCACGCUCCUCCUCAACCAGGCCGUGAACAACCUCAAGGCGGUGCAGCUGCGCCUCCGGGAGACGGGCGGCCAGCUGCUGCACCUGGAGUCGCCCCUCGAGCGCCUCUACACGGACUCGGCGCAGGCGUUGACGGAGCACAUGUACGACGUCCUGGCCUACCUCAGGAUCAUAUGGACGCACUCGAACCACUACCACAAGCCGGAAGUGAUGACCGAAUUGUGCGUCCGUGUGUCCUGGGAGGUGACGAGGGCGUGCCAGGUCCACCUCCCCCUCGACAGCCUCUUCUCCCCGCCCUCCAGGUCCUCCUCCGCCGCCUCCGCCAGCGCCUCCUCCAGCGGCAGCAAGUCGAGCGACGAGGCGAAGGAGUCCCUGGCGCUCGUGGAGGUGGCCAUCAAGUCCUGCAACGAGUGGAGGAACUGCUAUGUGGAGCUAGCAACCCACUUUGGAGAGCAAGAUUACCCGGAGGUCUGGCUGCCCGACACUUCGGCUGUCUUCCUCCCCGUCGAGCUCUUUUCCAGCCGCUGCGAGGACCUCAAGUACAUCGGGCUCAGCAAGGUGCAGCUCACGAGACACGGCGACGAGAUGUCGGUGCGGGCGUCGGGGGCCGGCGAGGGGGGCGCCGAGGGCGAGCUCCUGGAGGAGGAGCUGUCCCAGGUGGACCGGGUCCUCGAGGACGCGCUCAGGGCCGUCGGAAGGCGCAGCCACCUCGUCUUCAACCUCACGUCCAAGGAGUGGCUCAAGCACUUCGACCGGUUCCGCGAGAGCAUGGAGGAGGUGGAGCGGCGCUACCAGUGCGUGAUGGUGGCGGCGGUGCAGACGGUGGAGUCGGCGGCGCAGGGGCUGCGCGUGCUCAACGUGUUCAAGCCGCUCGCCGCCAGGAAGUCCCUCUUCUCCGUUUUCUACGUCAUGAUCGACCAUAUCCUGAACCUGUUCGAGCGCGACUUCGAGGAGGUCGAGAAGGAGUACGUGUUCCGCUCCAUGAAGGUCGGCAGCAGCGGCUUCUACUUCUCCAGGAUGGCCAAGUGGGCCACCGACACGCGCAAGAAGCUCGAGCAUGAAGUCAAUCUCCUGAAGAACCAGUCGUGGCUGCCCUACUACCCGCGGCUGGACACGGUGUACGAGCGGUGGGCGCGGACGGUGGCGCUGUUGCAGGGCGUCGUCCAGAACAUGUACGCCGCCUGGAACGCCUCGCUGGAGCCGCAGCCGUCCAGGAGGCUGACGGCGCCCGUGUUCGUGUGGAAGCCCGGCCCCGUGCAGAACAUCCAGGCCAAUUUCGAUGUCCACCUGAACAAGAACCUGGAGGAGACGAAGGCGUGGAAAGAGAUGGGCUUCGAGGUGCCGGAGAGCCUCAGCCACGUCUUCCAGGAGAGUGAGGUGUACCUGAGUCUCAAGAAGCAGGUGCUGGAAUGCUGCGGGAGCUUCAACAGCUUCAUGACCCGGAUGUCCCGCCACGAAGCGCAGAUGUUCGAGGGCCAAGUGGAGAAGGUGGUCCGGGCCUUCUAUCCCGGCCUGUCUUCGGUCACUUGGGUGCACCGUCAGCAGGCCUCGGCCCUGCUGAGCAAGUGUAAAACCAUCGUCGACGCCUUCCAGGCCCAGCUCUCGUACUACCUGACGGUGAAUCAGAAGCUCUCGUCGACGCUGAUGGAGGCGAAGGAGUUGGUGCUGUUCACCAAGAACGAUGAGGUGAUCUACGAGAACGAGGGCUUCCAGGAGGACUUGGAGCUCCAGCGGGUCCGGGCCAUGAAGGAGGUGAAGGAUGCGUUCCUCCAGAUGGAACAGGUCUUGGACAGCUUGAACAAAAAGAUGAUUAGCAAAUCUAUCCCCGAAUCCGUGGAAGCAUGGACGGCGUAUGUCUUCAGGAUUGACAACCUUUUCUUGGACUGCCAAAGGGAGAUCCUUAGGAAGUCCUUGCUCAUGUUCGAAGGGAUGCUGAUGGGGUCCCGCAGCUGCCCGACUGACCAGCUGGCUCCAGUCUUCAAGAUCUCUGUCCGCCUUCUGGACGGGAAGAUCGUGUGCACGCCAUCGGUGAGUCGAAUCUCAAAGUCUGUUUCGCUGCUGCAAAAGGAGUUCUCUGAGAGCCUGAGCAAGAUCCCCUGCCUCUUGCGGAAAUUUGCAAUGGAGAAAGCAAAGGAGCACGACCACUUGAAAGCACUGCAAGAUGAAAUGUGUGAUAAACUUCAGACGAAACUGACGGAAGAGUUUGAGAAGCAAGUAAGUACUUUGAAAGGGAAGUUGGAAGAGUGGCAGCAGUAUCGAGACUUAUGGGAAGUCGACAAGGCAGAAUUUUUCCAACAUUACUUGAGCUGUGCCAACAGUGUGUACAUCUUCGAAACUGACAUCAUGACAUUUGAACGUAAGCUCAAUGAGAUUGAGGGCAGUAAUGAUAACAUAAAAGUAGGGACUUUCUAUGCAAACUGUGAGGAAUUGAAGGUACAGCUUUCAACCCUUUGCCGUUCUUGGAUAUCAGAGUUUGAAAAUAACCUUUUCAAAAUCGCAUCUGAAAAGCUGGAUACUCUGUAUAGUUAUGGCCAGAAGACCAAUGCACUUUUGGAUAGUGACCCAAAAGACAUUCCGUCGCUCCUUACAGCAGCUGAUGAAUGCCACCUUGCCAAGAAGCAGUUGGCCUUGUAUAGGGAAGAAUUCACACCAGUGAGGGAGCAGUUCCACGUACUAAAGAAAUACCGCUAUGUCAUCCCUUCUGAUGUGGAUGAUCGUCUUGCUAAGCUGGAAAAGGAAUGGGAUUCUGUAGAAGCUGCACUGACUAACAAAAUCCAUGAACUGAACACUGACCUCAAUGCACACAGGAAGAAAUUUAGUGAUCGUUCAGAAAUUGUUAUGGAGGAAGUGGAUGCCUUAAAGCAGUUUUUCAAGCAAACGUUGCCAACAAGACUAGACAAAACCAUUCCAGAGGCUAAAGAGAACAUAGCCAAACUCAAAGAAAUGAUGGACGACAUUGUGACCAAACUGGAUAUCAAUGAGAAUCUAGAGCUACUGAGUCUGCAGGUGAUUGAAUUUUCUGAGCUGACGGGGUUCCAGCAUGACCUAAUUGCAGCAGAGAAGAUAUGGCUGUUGCUGGAAGAAUGGCAGACAACGUGGGGAAAGUGGGCAAACUUAGUUGUGUGGGAAGUGAGUGUUGUGGCUCUACAGGAAAUGCUGUCUGUUUACAGUCAGAAAAUUAGGAAUAUUCAACCCUUUGCAGCUUUAAAUUUGGCAAAUAUAAAAGAAGGCACUGUGAUGGGUGAGAGCGAGUGGGAAGUCAAGGAGGAGGUGCUCAGUCACAUUGAAUUAUGCAAACUUCUCGUGCCUUUAACUCAAAAUCUACAAACUGCUAAUUUAAAAUUUCAUCAUUGGGAUCAGAUCAAAUACCUUGUCAAGGCUGACUUUGAUAAGGACUCUGAGAGCUUUACUCUUGGAUACCUCCAAAAACUUAAUCUGACUUCCUAUAAAAGAGAGCUAGCAGAGAUAAUGGUGGAUGCCUCUGAAGAAACGAAGAUUGUCAACAAUAUUAGAGAUAUAGAGAGCCUUGCCUCACAAAUUACAAUCAACAUGAGAGCAAUCCCCUCCAUGGGUAUCGCUGUCGUGCAGUCAACUGUUGAAGCAAACUCUACCAUUGCGGAACUCAACAUGAGGCUGCAGAUUCUGGCUGGAUCGCACCAUGCCAAACCUUAUCUAGAUGAGGUACAGGAUAUUCAGAAGAUGCUCUCCUCUAUGAUCAGGUUCCUUGAAAAUGUCGAGCUCCUCCAGAAAAAGUGGUCUGCCUGGGAGCCCUUCUUCCAUGUGAUGGAUGUCAGAUUCCACUUAGUUCAAGCCACGGCCUCCUUUGACUCGCUCAACGACCGCUGGCAACAGUUAUCUGAUGAAAUGAGUGAAGAGAAGUUCCUCCAGCCAUUGGCUCUGCAAGACGAACUUCAGGAGGAAGUCAUCGCUGUGUCUGAAGGUCUUAACAAUAUCACUAACCAAAUCAAGCCAUACCUUCAGGAUCGAAGGGAACAAUUUCCACGGUUUUGGCUCCUGUCAGAUGACGAUCUUGUGACGGCAAUAUCCACUGUUUUGGAAGGGGAACAUGCAAAGCCGUUCUUGCUGAAAAUGUUUACUACUGUAGCUAAGAUCAAACAGGAAAAGAACAGUCAGUUAAAUGCAAUGGAAAUUAUUGGUGUCUAUUCAAAAGAGGGUGAGUUCCUUGAGCUGAACUCCUAUGUCCCAAUAUUGGGGUCCUUUGACACAUGGUUGCGCAAUAUGGCUUCGGGGAUAGAAAACACCCUUAGAGAGGGUGUAAAGCAGUGUAGGAAUAGUAUGAAAGUUGCAGGAGUAAGGGUGGAUGAAGUAAUCAAAUUGUGGCCUCUUCAAGUUAAUGUUGUGGCCUUUCUCUUGCAUUGGACAAGUGAGAUUAGCCGAGCUUUGGCAAAGUUUAAAGGUCACAUGAAUGCUGAACAGCUACAAUCAUUAAAGAAACGUAUUCGGGAUUCUCAGGUAAGGCUUGACAGCACCCUUCAAGGUAACCUUUCGAAACUGAUGCGUGAGAGAUUUCGACUCUUUUAUUUGAUUAUCCUACAGUUGAGAGACUUCCUGACAGCAGCCUCAGAAAGUAGGAAGGGACUGACAAGUGAAGGAGAGAUGCCCUUACGCUACACAUGGGACAAGGACACUGACAAUGUGCUGACACAGUUUGGAACAGCAUCAGAGCUUACUUACUCUUGGGAGUACCAAGGGCUAUGGCCAUGCACAGUAUUUACACCUUCGAUUAACCGUGCAAUGGUCAAUGUGGCCCUUGUCCUGGCCCAAGGACUGACAGUUGGACUCCAUGGAGGAAAUGGCACAGGGAAGACUGAAACCAUAAGGGCAAUGGCUAAUUUAGUGGGUCGCCACCUAGUCUCUGUGACAUGCGCCCCAACCAUUACCUCUGUCCACUUAGCUCGGCUCCUUUUGGGAACAAGCCUCUCGUACAGCUGGCUAGUCCUAGAGCAAGCACAUCUUCUGAACCCAGACGUUGUGCCGGCCUUGGGUGAAAUGAUCCAGACGGUGCAGGUGGCACAGAAGGCAGUUGCAGGAAUCAAAGCUGGAAAGCCUUCGAAGUCACAACAGCAGCCCAUGAAGGUGUUUGAGGGCGUGAAAGUGAAUGUGUCACCCCUUUCCGCUGUUGUGCUGGAGAUGAAUCACAACUAUCCUUUCUCGAGAGACGCUAUGGACAUCCUCAGACGACAAUGCAAACCUGCUGUUACCGUCACACCAGAUAUUCAGGUGGAGGAUGACACAGACAUAAAGCUAGCACAUAUAUUAAUGCCCUUCUCUCCGAUUCCCAGUGUGAUCAUCGAAAGGCCUUGUAACAGAUUGCCAGAAGGCCCUAUGACCUCAUUUUCCUUCCAGCUUUUCGGCUUUAUUUUCUUCUCUCUGCCCAUGAAUCCUCAGCUUUGUUCUUAUUCUGAUUCGCUUUAUACCUGUUGUGUGUUCUUGAUGAUAAUCACUGAAUGUUACAUGGUAAUCGAGGGUUUCAAGGAAUGCACAUCUCUAGCCCACAAACUUGGCCAGACGUUGGCCAGUCUCUCCACCUCACUGCCGCGACGCCACAAAUACCAGCUGGGUGUAAGAAGUAUUCCUAUUAUACUUAAUCUGGCCAAGGAAGUGAUGAAGAGGCAGCCAGAAGUAGAUGAACUUGAUACCGUCCCCUUGGCCCUGAGAGAGUACCUGAUACCUCAGCUGAGGGAAGAAGAUGCUCCUAUCUUUAAGGAAAUGUUUCAGAUAAUGUUCCCUGAAUUUGACAUUGCUCCUUAUGUUAAUGACAUUCUGAAGGAUGGUGUGACAGCAAUGAUGAAGAGUAAUAACUUGAUUGUCAAGGACAGCUAUGUCGACAAGGUUCUGCAGCUACACGAUGCUAUCUCCAGGAACCAAACGAUCAUACUCUUCGGGAAAUCAGGAUCAGGGAAGUCCACAUCCCUAACGACCCUUGAGAACGUAUACAACAAACUCAACAAUGAAGGGAAUGCCAGUUACAAGGCUACUAAAAGAGAGGUAAUAAAUCCACUCAUAGUUGAAGACACAACACUUUAUGGCCCUUAUGAAGAUGUGGUGGGAAAAACAAAUGAAGGUUUCUUAGCACGGCUUGUAAGGAAGUCUCAGAAGUCGAGUUCAGGCUUCGAAACUUGGAUUGUGUUCGAUGGACCAUAUGGACACCCAUGGCUUCAUGAUUUCUUUGUCCACCUAGAUGCGAGGAGCAAUUCCUUUAUGGGCAACAACCGGCAGAGUAUUCCUCUGCCAAGCAACUUGAAAUUUAUCAUAGAGGUAGCUGGGGACAUUGGGUGUCUAACCCCAGCAGAGCUGACCUCGUGCUUCGGUGUGUUCUUCCCGGCCCAGCCACAGUUGUGGGAAGAGGUUGUCCACAGUUGGUUAGGUACACUCACCAACUACAGAAUAUCUCGAGCCCUCCAAAGCUUGGUAAAGAAAAACCUUCCAAAUUUUAUAAAUAUCCUGCAAGAGAGUGAAGUGAAGAAACCUCACAUGAUCAUGAAGGCUAGAGCAUUUGUGGCUAUUCUUAAUUACUUUUUAGACACUGAGCUGACACAAACAGAGACUGAAGACUGGGUAGAGAGGCUUACACCUGCAUUCAUCUUUGGCAUCAUCUGGUCCUUUGGUGCCUGCAUAUCAUCAUCCGAGGCCGACGAAUUUCGGGAAGUGGUGACAAGGACGAUCGAAAAUGUCCCUGAGGGAGGGAUUUACGAUUAUUGUGUGGACAUACCAUCAGGUCAAUUUAAGCCAUGGGCAAAAUUCACAACGGAAAUGAAAAUGUACAACCCAUUUGUUAACACCAACAUUGUCAUGACUGACCGUAUUGUAAAAUACUCAAAGGUCUCCCAAAUUUUGAUGAGUCAGGGCAUUCCCGUCAUAUUGAGAGGUAAUCCUGGGUCAGGAAAGUCAACUUUGAUAAAUGUCCUAAGGCAAACUAUGAAUAGCACCACAGAUCUUUCUGUAGUCAGCUAUACAUCUUUCACCCAACCUAAGGACAUACAAAGAACAAUCGAAGAAAACCUCAUGAAACAAGGUAAAGACAUACUAGCAGGUAGAAAGUCAAAACUUCACAUGCUAGUCGAUGAUCUCCACUGCAGUGAAGGUGAAAACCACAUGCAUCAGGUCCUAGCGACCACUAACUUUACUGCAAAGUACCAUAAACUGUUUAAUCAUGAGAUUAAAUCUUUCCUUAGACUUCCAGAAAUUUGUUAUUUGUUUACCUACCAAACAAAAGAGUGCACCUCAGGAGGGCAGGACGACACCCAGAUGAUUAAUAAUCACAUUGAAAAUUUCUGGAUGGGAUCCUUUCAUCUGCUAACCCUACCCUCUUGCGAAAAUGCGGAGUUGGAAGGCAUAUUCUGUACACUCUUUGAUCAGAAUCUUGGCCACUUUGAACAGGAAGUAAAGUGCCUGAAGAUUGUAGUUGCAGAAGGCAUAGUACAUUUGUACCGCCGUAUGGGUGAAGUGAGCAAGCAAGUGUGUGGAGAUCACCUACCUCUUGUCCACCACCCACGACAAGUAAUAUCUGUUCUCAAGGGACUUCAACUUGGAGAUGAAGAGACACAGGACCGUGAUAAUUUCUUGAAGCAUCUAGCUCACGAAUGCUUCAGAGUCUUCCAAGACGUCGGCGUCAUACAGCCAAAAGAAUUUGAAAGUCUGAUAAAUGAUGUAUUGUCAGAGUAUCUCUGCAUAUCCCUUGAUAAAGUCUGUGAUAACCCAGGCAUGUUCCUUCUGACCCGCCUUGCUAGUGAUGACAAUUUAUACACAGAUAUACAAGCUGACACUGUUCGAAAUGUGAUUAAGAGUGCAGGGCAGGCUCUACUAGGUCCUAAGGGAUUAUUUGCCAUUUAUGACAGUCUCAUCCACCAUAGCAUUCACCUGAUAAGAAUCCUUGGGAAACCAAAGUCAAGAGAAAUAAAAUCCUCCAGAGCCUUAGAUAGCAUUGGGGGGCAUCUCAUUUUAACUGGACCAGAGGGAUGUGGCAAAAAAACUUGUGCCCGCUUAGUGUCAUCUAUAGCUGGAUUCAAAACAUAUGACAUUAAUGGUACUGAAUCAGAAGCAGAAACUAAAAGAGAAGAUAUUAUUAAGGAUCUCACUGAAGGCAUCUCGGUACUUGUUAUUAUAGACUGGAAUGUACUGGAUGAUUUAAGGAAUAUUGCAUUCUUGAAUGACCUUUUGGUUGAAAAACAGAAUAUUGCAAAUGUUCAUGAGGCUCAGCAUACUGUAAGAAUCUUGAUUUCCACUCCUACACUAAAAGAGGCAUAUGAUAUUUUGAAGUAUAUUCCUGCAGUUUCAAACUAUUAUGUUGAUUCAUUCCAAGAAUGGAAUAGCGAGGAGCUUCAAACUGUCGCAAAACAAAUUCUUAUGGAAAAACUGGGGCAGUCACUGCCAGAACUGAAAGCACAAGCUGUAGCCGAAGUCAUGGCAUACAUUCACCAAAAUAAUUCUGAGGCAAAGUGGCAGCCAUCUUGCAGGUUCUUAGGGUUUCUAAAGUCAUUCUUGCAUCUUCAUGAUAAGCUAUUAACUGGCAUCAUUGAAGAGAAAGAGAAACUCAACACGAGCAUUAUCAAGUUUGAAGACACACAGAAACGUGUUACAGAACUUUCUAAACAGCUAGAAGAACAGCGUGCUCAGGUGACCUACAUCCAGCAGACAUGUGGCAGCGUUGUUCUCAAGAUGCGUAAUAUUAAAUCUGAGCAAGGGAGGCUUGAGCAGGAUCUCAAUAAGAAUUUGGGACUUCUGAAGAGGCAAAAAGAUGAGUCCUUGAGGAUUAGAGAACUCAUCAGCCGCGACCUCACAGCUCCAAAACAGGAAAUGAAAGCAACACAUCGAAAGUUGGACCGCAUAACAAGGGCUGAGUUAGAAACACUCAAGUCCCUUUCUAGGCCUCCUCCUUCAGUUGAAUUGGUGUUUGAUGCAGUGCUAACGACCCUGGGACUUGAUCCUUCCUGGAAUGAAGCCAAGAAACAAAUGAGUAGUGGACUCAAUUUCAUCUCAUCUAUUAGGAAAAUUCCAGUAGAAGAGACAGAUGAGAAGAUUUUAACCAGAAUUCAGGCCUACCUGAAAAUGGAAGAUUUGAACUUGGAAAAAGUUACAGAAGAAUCAUUCACAGCUGCAACAUUCCUUAGUUGGCUUUGUGCCUUUGAAAAAUAUGUAAGAGUAUAUAAAGACUACCAUCCUUUGAAAAUUCAGGCUGACAUUAUUACAAGAGAAAUUGAAGCAACAGAAGCAACAAUUAACCAAUACCAAGAAGACUUGACUGGUUUUGGUAUGGAGCAUAAAGUCCUUAUGGCCCAGUUGAAGGAAAAGGAACACCAGCUUGAAGUAGCUGAGGAAGAGAUGAAAGUACUCGAGAGCCGGAUACAGUUGGCCCAGAAGGUAAUGACUCAGCUUGGAGAAGACAAAAUCCAUUGGGAGGAAGCAUUAUCUCAAUGCAGUGUUAAGCUACGAAAUAUCUUUGGUGAUGCUGUCCUGGCAGCAGCUUAUGUGACAUAUUUGGGCACUUUUAACCAUGAAGAAAGACCUGACGUAAUCAAAUCUUGGCAAGAUAAGAUGAAUGAACUCUGCAUAUUCAAUACUGAAGACAGGACCAGCCUUGACAUUCUUGCUCCCAUGGAAUCCCAGGCCAAGUGGCAUGAAGAAGGUCUGCCAAUGGACAAUUACUUGCUUGAGAAUGCAGCUAUUAUAUCCAACUCGGACUUACCACAGCUUAUCCUCGACCCUCACUGUCUGCUUGAAACCUGGAUUCACAAGAGGAAAGAUGCCAUGGAGGUUAACCUUGAAGAAGAGGAGUUUAUGGACCAGUUUGCUGAGGCAAUAUCUAAAGGCAGAUCAUGCAUUAUUACUCUAGAGGAGUUAUCGUUCCCUAUAAAAUUGUUCCAGAUUCUUGAGAUGGAGCAAGUAAAAUCGUCCAGCAAGGAUAAAACAUUACUCAAAGUUGGAAAUGAAACCUAUGAAUUACACAAGGAUUUCAGACUCUUCAUUAUUCUAAAGAGUAAUAUUGACUACUUAGACAAUAACAUUAAAACACUUGUGAAUGUAGUAGACAUGCAAAGCAACCAGGAGGGUAUGAUGAAAUUACUUACAAUGAGAGUUGCUUCCCACUGUCAGCCGGAUCUCAUAGAAUCCCUAAAGAAGAGCGAGUUCGACCUGCUGGAAAAGCAAAACCAACUAGCAGAACAAGAGGCAACCAUAAGAAGCCUUAUGGCUCGCUUUGAUGAUGAUGUGCUUGAAGAGAGCACAUUGAUGGAGAUGUUACAGGCGGCAUGUGCUAAAGCAACUGAUGCCAAGAAGAAGUGCCAUGACUUAAGAAAGUCCCUUGAUGCUGCUAAAGAGGGCAUAAAGACUUAUGGUAAGAUUUCGGGACUCCUUACCGAAAUCUACAUCCUUGUGGAGCGACUCCCACUAUUCAAUCCCUCUUUGGUCAUUGGGAUCGACAGGUUCAGUGCUCUCGUCAUUGGAGAGAUGCAGCCUCAAAACUUUGCCAAUGCUUGGGGCAGACUUCUCGACGCUAACACUGUCAUCAAAAUGCUGCAAACAAUAUUUAGGUACUUUCAAGAUCAAGUUGAUGACAUAGCACUGGUGACAAUAGGCCUUGUGUUAGCCAUGUGGUACGAGUGUCACAUCGGUCUCACCACACCCCAGUUUUGCUCUCUCCUACACGCCUCCUCCUCCUCACAGAUUGGAAGUCAGCUCUCAUCUCUUGAGUCUGAGAAGAAAGAACCAAAGGGCGAGAAAUCUUGUGCUGUGCCCAAGUCCUCUCACCCUGUAUGGUUGACAGAUUCACAGUGGCUCCAGAUACUCUCUUUCUCUAAAGUGGAACCUUUCACACAUCUUAUUGAAAGUCUAACAACUCAUGAAAAACUUUGGCGAGUAUGGUAUGUUACAGAACAGCCAGAAACAGUGCCACUGCCCAAUAAGUUGGAAAGAAAGAUUCGUGGGGUUGCCAAACUUAUCCUGAUUAACUGCCUCCGUCCAGAUCGCCUGGAUGAAGCUUCUAUGAUCUAUGUAGAACGUGUACUGAGGGUGGAGGCUGAUCCUACCUCAGCCAAAGCAUUACUUGCUGUUGCUGGAAAGGGCUCACCCACUGAACCAGUUAUCAUCUACAGUUCUGCACCUCUUGAUGUGGAACACAUCCUAGGGCAAAUACAACCACUGUGCCAUCCUGUCCUCAUAUCAAACCCAGAUUCUGUUAAUGUCUUGGCUCUCAGUGAAGGGAGAGAGGACUACCUAAACCUCAUCUUUCAGAAGUGUUGCCAGAAAGGAUUUUGGCUCCUUCUGAAAAAGGAUACUGAAGCUGAGUCAUGUAUUAAUCACUUGUGUAAACUUUUAAAGGAUAAGUGCAUUAAGGAGGCCCACAAGCGAUUCCAGAUUUGGAUGUAUCUACAGGAGGAAGACACUUUGCCAACCAACUUAAUGAUGUCCUGUCAUAAAGUGUAUUUAAGCCUUCCACAAACUGUCAAGGAAUCAAUAAUUCAUUUAUACGAACUCAUUGGUGAGUCUCGUCUCAAUGCCUACACUAAUGAAUGGAGCAAGUGGUGCCUUAUGGGCCUUGCUCUCUUUCACAUAGGUUUUGUUACUCGCCAGGCCUUUGAGGACCCCAGUACGCCCCUUGCUCAGACGAUUGGAGAUGACCAGUGGGAAGAGGCAGAGGCUUGCCUAAGGUCUCUGGUGUCUGGAGCCCAUACAGUCGACGGCACUCUUGUUCCAGCACUGCUAGAACAGCUUACAAGUAUUUACAUUAAUGGGGCAGUGACAGAAGAAAGUUACAUCAUACUCACUCGCCUACUGAAUGAAUAUCUGUCUAAUGAAGCUAUCCAGAAUAUUUCAAGUCGUGUCUCAGCUCUCACCCAUUACUCAGUACCACGAUCCACUUCAAUGGAGGACCAUACAGCACAGAUGGAAUACAUUUAUUUAGCUCAAAAUGUGUCACUCACCCAUGGCGCCCCAACUCUUAUAUUUGAGAAUCAGAGGAAAGAAGCCGAGAGCAUUAUCAUAGCUAUGAGACGAAUGGACAAAGCCAGUAAGUCAGAGAUAGCAACAGAGACAGAUUACUGGAUUAAGAUGUUCACUCCAAAGCCUAAGAAGGAAAUCAGUGCCACACCAGCCCAGACUUCUUUACAACUCAUCCUCAGGCAAGAGUUUGAACACUAUAUUAAGACAUCAGAAUCUGUUUUCUCGAAACUGAAGCAGACAGAUGACAUAGAAUCUGUGUCUGAAAUCCUUGAAUCCCCAGAUCUUAAUCUUGUCCAGAACCAACAAGAUGCUGACGAGUGCGACGUCGAGACGUUGCUUUGCAGAAUGCUUUGGCGUGGGCACUAUCUUACAGGAAUAGUCAACCAGCCUAGUCCCAUCAAAAGCAUCCGAUUGGGCCUCCUACAAGAACCCGCAGCAGCUUGGGCAGCAUUUAUCCGUAACAACUUCGGGGAAGUGCGCGCCCCAGGAAUGGAGGUGGCAGUCGUUACCCAAGCACUUUGGGAUAGUCUUGGCUUCAAAGCUGAGGGAGACAGUCGAGUGAUCGACGAAGAGGACGAAAUCACGACUCUCGUUCUCGAAAAGCUUGCUCUGGGUGGUGCCUCGUGGGAUGCGGAUGCUGAGGUCAUCAUCCCAGAGGACCUGGCCGCUGCCACGCCUUUCUUCACGGUGCUGAACUUCACCAUCAUGCAGUUCACAAGCAAUGUGAAAAAAGAACUUAAGAAGAUUGGAGAAGCCUAUUGUACUCCAGUGUACGUUGGAUGCGGGAUGGAUACGCCCCUGUUCUGGCUGCAUUUGCCCCUCAGCCCCGCCAUCUCCUGCAAGGACUGCCACCUGAGGGGAGUUCGCCUCAUCGCCACGUAA